AUGCCGACGGCGCGCGAUGCGUCACCGAUCGAGUCCAGCCCGUUGAUCGCGUCGACGCGCGCGAGCACGGGGCGAACGCUCUCGCGUGCGUCGGCUUUGGUGGUGGCUUUGGUGUUGGCGUCGGUGUUGGUGUUGGCGUCGGUGUCGACGUCCUCGACGGGCGAGAGCGCGCUCGGGCGCGCGCUCGGGUCGCGGACGCAUCGCAGUCGACUUUCGGACGAUGAUGUGUACGCGGUUAACCGCGAGAGUGCGGCGCUUGGGUGCGAGAAUGCGACGAGGCGGGCGGCCUUGGGAGGAGCGAAGCGCUUCGCGUGGUUGGUACAGAGCGCGCACGGGGUGGACCCGAACGCGCUCGCGUCGGCAUCGCGAGACUUUUUCUCGCUUAGUUAUGACAGCGAUCCGGGGAGCGGGGAUCCGUUCAAGUUCUACGCGCCAGGGACAACUUGGACGACGGGGAGAAACGCCCUGCUCGAGCGCGCGCUCGAGCGGAACCCGUUGUACGAAUACUUCGUAUUCCUCGAUCACGACAUGAUAAAAUUGAUGGGGCGGAAUCCGCAGGCGUAUAUGGAUAAAUUCGAGGCUUGGCUCGAUAGGGCAAAGCCCGCGCUUGCGUGGACGCCGUUUACAAAGGAAUGGAGCCGUCGGAUGUACCGCAGCGUGCAACAGCGUGUGAUCCACGGUCCAGCAAGACUGGAUGAUAACUUUGUGGCGUUCCACACGAGCACGCUCGGAAUGGUUCUCCCUUACGAUUCACAUUUCGACUCUACGUGCAUCUUUGCCUCCGCUGAACUCGCCCAUUUGCACGCUGCGGCGUUUUACGCGCACGGGUUCCUGGGAGUGAAGGACCCGGCGCUUCACGUUCACGGCCGUGAAGAACACAGGCACCAUGACGCGCAGUACAACUCAGAGGGGUGCGAUUCCAUUUUCGCAAUGGGCAAUACGGAGGCUAAAGAGUACUUCAUCAACCUCUUCAGGUCGCCCCUCGUUCGGCGCUUCGCGAACGACGGGGCCUAUUCGGAAGCUUCAGCCUCCCCUCACGAAAAACCCAGAGAGUCGUUACAUCGGUUCCGAAAAGGAACAACGGCGUUUAAAGAACGCUGUUCCGAGACCAUUCCUAGAUUUCGCAUCACCCGUAAGUGGUUGGAAGAGAACGCGACGCCGGACACGCCUUGGCUGCAGCAACGCUUCGACUUCAUGUCCAAAUUUCCACACCUCUUCUCUGAGGAAGGCUUCGUCGCCGACCCACCGCAGUGUCCUCCGUGA